AUGGAGGCACCAAGACCACAAGCUCCGCCGGCGAGCCCAAAGACGCGGUGGAAGCUACCUCCGGAGCAGCUCAAGGCGACGACGCGGCAGGUGACUGUCUGGUUCCAAAACAAACGCUCGCGCGACGUGAACAUCCACAAGCCGGACAAGCAGAAGCUCCCGUCUCCGAGGCUGCCCGGCACCGAGACGGCCCGCAAGCCCUCCUCGGCAGACAAGUGGGCGGGGGCGGGCGACUCGACGAGCGGCGGGCCGCAGCCGUGGGUCGCAGCCGGGCGCAGCACCGCGGCUGUGCAGCGGCCCGGCCCGGACCUCCUCUGCACGCCUCAGGCGGUGGUGCAGGCUCUGGUCGAAACAGCUCCGCCGCCGGCAGCUCUCUUCCGGGCGGCGGGCGGCGGCUCGUUUGGGAGGGCGGCGGCCAUGGCGCCAGCGCUCGUGGCGCCAAAUGCAGUGCCGGUGCCCUGGCAGUCGUCGCGGGCCUCCCUCAUGGCCGUGAUGGCGCUGGAGCAGCAGCUCGGAGGGGCACCUCUCGACCUGGCGACGGCUCUCAAGGCGGCCCACGGCUCCGACCGCAUCUCCCGCCGGGCGCUCGGCUCAAUCUCGCGGAUGGCCUCGCUCGGGGACCUCUCCGCGUUCGAGUCCUGCCUGGACAAGAGCAGCGAGUAG